AAUAAUAGAAAGGAGAAACUGAAAACACAACCUUCAAGUGCAAAUUGGGUUUUCAACCGCUUCCCUUCUUCUCUUCCAAAAUCGGCCCGCCCCCCUUUUUGCUCUUCUCCAAGCCCUAAUCCCCCAAUGCCCCACUACCCCUUGACCUGCCAUCCCCCACCCCGCUCACCUUAAAGAGCCGCCACCACCUGACGCUGCCAAGGAAUCCGAAGCAAAAGGGUCCUGCCACCGCUGUUUUCUGGCCACUGGUCGCUACCAAGCUCUAGCAGCGAGCUAGGCCAAGGCCCACAAUGGAUAAAUCUGGAAGUGUUCUAACGAGGACAAGAGCAAAAGUGGAUCCUUUUUUAUCUCCUAACUACAACAUUUCCUUUGUUGCAUAGGAAAAAUCUAUCACAAAUAGAUGAGUGGUGCUUCCACAUCUAGUGGUGUACGAACAGCUUUCUCAUAUUGUGUCCAACAAGUACGAAGUUAUGAUUAUCACCACUAUCUUUGCCUUCUUGAACUUCCACCAAACAUGCGGAAAUCUGCUUUUGCUCUCCGAGCUUUUAAUGUUGAAACGGCAAGAGCUAUGGAUAUUGCUUCUGAUCCUAGAAUUGGUCUCAUGCGACUGCUUUGGUGGCAAGAAGCGAUUGACAAGAUCUUUUCCAAAAGGUUAAUCGAGCAUCCAGUAGCCCAGGCACUUGCUUCUGUAAUAUCUGAGCAUAAAGUCAGCAAGAGUUGGCUGAAACGCUCUGUCGAGGCGCGGAUCAAUGAUGCCAAAAGAGAGGUUAGUGAUAUUCCAGAAACUGUGGAAGAGUUGGAGCGAUAUGCCGAGGACACCAUGUCAACCAUUUUGUAUUCAACACUUCAGGCUGGUGGUAUUAGGUCUACUGCAGCGGACCAUGCAGCGUCCCAUAUUGGGAAGGCAAGCGGCCUUGUGUUGCUUCUUAAGUCUCUUCCCUACCACGCCAGCCGAAACCGGCAUUUUCCUUAUAUACCCGUUGAAGUGGCAGAAAAACAUGGGCUGCUGGUAAAAGACCGGGGUGGACAACCUGAAAUUCGUAUCGACUCCCGUGAGGGGCUAUGCAAUGCUGUUUUUGAGAUGGCAUCUGUUGCCAAUUCACAUUUGGAGAAAGCCCGUGCACUGGCUGAAACGGUGCCUGCUGAGGCUCAUCCAGUCCUGCUGCCAGCUUUACCGACACAGGUUAUCCUGGACACCUUGAGUCGGGUGCAAUUUGAUGUCUUUGAUCCAAGACUCACACGCGGCAUAUUAGGGGUUCUUCCUUUAUGGUUUCAGAUGAAACUGAAGUGGUAUUCAUGGAGACGGAAAUACUGAAAACUGUUAUAUGCGAGGCUAACUUCCCGGUCAUGGGAACUUUCCCUUUCAUAAUGAAAUUCCAUGUUCUGGAGAAAUUUGGAGAAAGAUUUUCGCAAUUCUGCUAACAGCAUUUGCUUUUCUUGAAUAAAAUCCUUGAGGCAAGCAUAUUAUGGUUAUGAAUUUUGUAUUAACAUAUGAAUGAAAUUGUAUACCACGAGCUGAAGGUUUCAUUC